GGAACUUUCCUAAAAAGCAUGAUAAUUAAGCGAAGAAUACUUGGUGGGAAAGGAAAAAUGAUAAAGAGGGAAGGUAAAAAACAGCUAAGGUGGCGGUCUCACAACUUUCAAUCAUGAAACGACGUCGCUUUCUUCAGAAUCUCCUCAAAACGCGUCGUUUUGACCCCCGGUAUCCGUUGUUCUCCCUCACAAAUAGGAAAAAAAUCAAAUGAAGAAUCCAAAAGGCCUCCCUACUGUUAGGGUUUUACGGUAUACAUCUCUGCGUGCGAAUCUUCAAGUUCCUCAAUCUAGGGUUGGGGUUAGGGUUUUGGGCUCUAAUGUCGAUAUCAUCAUCCUCCGGUUACCGCAACAUCCCCUCACCCUCCACCUCCGCUCCACAAUUCAACUUCCGGGCCCAAUCCUCGCCCGCCACGCGUCGUCCAUGGCGCCAAUUUGCAGAUCUGUCGUCAUUCUCCCGUCCGUACGCCGCCGGGGAAGUCACGAUACGCGUCAAGCGAAACGUCUCCUAUUUCCGAGUCAACUACGUCAUGAUGGCACUCUUCAUUCUAUUCCUCAGCCUCUUGUGGCACCCAGUCUCCAUGAUCGUCUUCUUGAUCGUCUUCCUCGGUUGGUUCUUCCUCUACUUCUUCCGCAACGAGCCUCUUAUGAUUUUCAACCGCACGAUCGGUGACCGGACGGUUCUGAUUGUUCUGGGACUCGUGACAAUCGUUGUUUUGGUCCUUACUCACGUUUGGUUGAAUGUGGUUGUUUCUUUGGCUAUUGUUGUUGUCGUUGUUGGCCUGCACGCCGCGUUUAGAGGUACGGAAGAUCACUUUCUCGACGAGCAAGAUGCGGCCGAGGACGGUCUGCUAUCGGUGGUUGGUAGUCCCAUGCGCCAAGUUUGAUUUUCAGGUUUCCCACGGAGAUUGUUGUUGAUUCGGAUCGGAUGUAUUAUGUAUUAUAUGGAGAAUUAGCUUGAGUUCUCGGGGGAGAUAAUCGCUACAUUUGCAUAUGAAAAUGAUGGAAGGGAACUCAUACUAUGAUAUCGGUUUAAGUGUGAUUGUUGAAGGAAGGAGUAUUAAUUGUUUCAGGUUC